AUGUCGGACGACGGCGCUAUGCCUGCACAACACUUCGUCAAGCUCCUCUUCGCGACGUACCCGGCCGCGACCGCGCAGCUCCUGGCGUCGGAGGACAAGGCUUUCUUCCUCGCCAUCUCACAACGCCCGGGCCAGAAGCCGGUCCCUUUCAUUCCUGUUCUCGAGGUGUCGUUCGAGAGGCGUCGAGCAGGUAUAAGAGGGAUUUCGUGGGCAGCCGAGGACAUCGAGGCCGCCUUCGACGAGAACCCCCAGCCCACACGUUCUGCUGCCUCGUUCGACUUCUACUGCGCCGCUCGAUUCUCCCGCACCCUCGCCUUUCCCCGCACCCUUGCUGCCUGCCCGCGCAUCCUCACCUUGUCCUCGCACCCUCGCGAGGUCGCCCGCCGCGCGCAAUGCUCGCGCGCAGUCAGCUGCGGCAUCGAGCCUGCCUGCAGCGGUCUGGGGCAUUGCUCUGCCCUCCCCGGGGCGAGUGACGACCCCGCACUGCAGCUGACCCUCGCCAAUGCGUUGCGUGCACCAGCAACGCGGCUGCCAGAAGUCACACCCCCAUCCCGGCGCUCCCAGAACGCGCCCGGCUGCCCUCGCAGUUCCUUCGCCCUCAGGUACUGCGCCCGCCUCCGAAGACGAGAUUGUUUGGUGGACAGGGUACGAACGAGGUCUACUUCGACGAGCUGCAAUCGCGUUACGACACGCACACGCCUUGGUCUCGCCUUUCCUCCUCGCUUCGGAGGUGGCUGGUGCUGCGCUGCGCCCCCUUAUUGCGCACCUCGUGUCCGCCCCCGCAUCACUACCCCCAUCGGGCUCGCGCAGCUCACCCAAUACCUGAUCACUCGCCGCGUCGCGCGUAUCGACCCCGGCGAGAUGCGCGAGAAGCUCCAAGAUGCGACCGGUCACUCCCAAGGCGCCGUCUCUGCCGCUGCCGUCGCGGCCUCGAGAAGCCUCGAGUCGUAA